AGCGAAAUUCAACACAAUCAUGUUGAUGACCAUCUCUUCCAAUUCUGGUCUUCCCAAAUUCCUCCCCACCCUAAUCCCCACAUUAUUAUUAUUAUUAUUACCAUUAUUUUUUCAUACAACAUAUUCCCAAACCACCAACUACACCCAAUCAAGACAGGCCCUCGAAAUCAUCAUCGGCGGCGGCGGAGAUCCUACAUCGCCGCCGCCCGAUUGCCCGCCGCCGCCGCCGCAGCCGGAACCACUAAUAUUCGAAAGCAAACGCAUAGAACAAGCGUACUACGUCAUUCAGAGAUUCAAGAAGAAGAUCACGUGCGACCCCAAAGGCAUCAAGGCCACGUGGCAGGGCCCCGACGUCUGCCGUAACUACAAAGGCUUCUUCUGCGACACCCUCCUGUCCACCCGCGAAAAAACCCUCGCCGGCGUCACCUUCAACGGCUACAAUUUCGACGGCCCAGAUCUCUCCAUCGAUGGCUUCAUCGACGGCCUGCAGGACAUCAUCGUCUUCCACGCAAACUCCAACGGCUUCAAGGGCAGAAUCCCGACGAAUAUUCGGAAACUGCAGUCGUUGUUCGAACUCGACCUCAGCAACAACAACUACACCGGCGGGUUUCCGUACGAGAUCCUCGGCGCCAGCAAUCUGACCUUCCUCGACCUCCGGUUCAACCGGUUUUCCGGUUCGGUCCCGGUCCAGGUAUUCACCCUCGACCUAGACGUCCUCUUCAUUAACAACAAUCUGUUCUUCCAGAACCUUCCUUCGGAGCUCGGCUCCUCGCCGGCGCUGUACAUUUCACUGGCCAACAAUGGCUUCACCGGCCAGAUUCCGGCGAGCAUCGGCCGCGCCGGAGAUACGUUGCUGGAGAUUCUCCUUUUGAACAACCGGCUUUCCGGCUGCUUGCCGUGCGAGAUCGGGAACUUGCGUAAGCUGACGCUUUUCGACGCCACCCGGAAUUUUCUUACCGGCCCGAUUCCGGCGUCGUUCGCGUGUCUGGGGGAGAUGCAGUAUCUUAACCUGGGGAAGAAUGAGCUGUACGGUCCGGUGCCGGAGAUGGUCUGCAAGCUGCCGAAUUUGAGUAGUUUGACGCUGUCGGAGAAUUACUUUACGCAGGUCGGGCCGGAGUGUCGGAAACUGAUAGAGAAGAGGGUGUUGCACGUGGACAGGAAUUGUAUCGCCGGUCUGCCCGGGCAGAGGUCGCCGGCGGAGUGCUGGGCUUUCUUUAGAAGGGCGAAGCGGUGCGCCGACGGGAGAUGGUUCCACUGGAUGCCGUGCGGCGGGCAGAAAGGUCACCAUCCACCACCGGUAAGGCCACCGCUACCGCCGCCGCGGGGCCACCGCCCACCACCAUCGCCGCGGGCUUACAGGGCUUUGGAUCCUUAUGGGCUGUAAUGAAUAAAUAAAUAAAUAAUAAUAAUAAUAAUAAUAAUAAUAAUAAUAAUAAUAAUAAUGUGAUUAUUUAAUUAAGUAAUUUGUAAGAGUGUGUUUGUUUGACAAUUUUUUCUAAAUAUGCUAUUCAUCAA